AUCUGACUUUCUAUUUAUUAUUAAAAAUAAUAUUUGAUUAUGGAUCCCUUAAAAUUGAGAAAUUGCAUAAUUAACAACGAGCUCAACAAGGAAUACGAAGAACUAGCAAGAGAAAUAGACCAUGUUGUUCAAUCAGGAUUUCAAGAAAUACUAGGAAAUUAUAAAAGACUUCACAUUUCAAAUAUUCCAUUCAGCUUCCGAGAAGCCGAUUUGAUAGCACUUUUUCGAUGUUAUGGACCAGUUUUCGGUGCAGAAGUAAUCUUCAAUGAACGAGGAAGCAAGGGAUUCGGAUUUUUAACAAUGUACCAAUCGGAUGCUGAGAUGGCAUUUCAAGCUUUAAACAAUUGUGUCGUUAAUGGACGUAGAAUUGAGAUAAAUAAUGCAACACCUCGUAAAGCAGCCAUAAAAACUCCGCAUAAGACUUCAGAGAACUCUACACAAACGACACCUCAACAAUUACAAAUUUUGUCUCAUGCAUUCACAACCUCUGAACACCUUCCAAUUCCUUCGCCACAUAAUUCAUCUCAACAUUAUUAUAAUGUUGCUUCACGUAUUCGACCAUUAAAGUCCAAAUGCAGACUAUUUCCCCAAUAAUCACACUGGACUAUAAAAAAAUAAGACUGUAGAGUAGCUAAAGGAAAAUAUCAAAAUUCAAAAAUUUAUAUUUAGGAGCCAUACGAGAAGAAAGUGGAAAACAAAAAUUAUGAGAAUCAAUAGGAAUAGCCGAUAAUUCAGACGCCAAAUAAUUGUGUGAUAUAUACAUUUUUCCCAUGCUACAUAGGUUUUAAAAAGGCAAUAAAGUUUUUAAAUGAAUAAAUUCACUAUACAAUAAAGAGUGAAUAUGUGUAAAG